AUGCGGUGGCUACCGCAGGGUGCACGAACUGUCGCCACUGACCGACCGCGAACAUUACGGGAUCACGAGGACGAUGGACAGCCAGACAGGAAAAGAUGGUCUAUGUAUGACAUAAAAACAGUGGGCGAGGGAGCUGUGGGAAGUGAAGAACAGGAGAACAGUGAGAAUGGGAGUACAAUGAGGAUGGGAGGGUUGUUGGGACGGAAGGACUGGGGUGAGACACAGUGGGAACGGGGAAAAGUGUUGACGGGUAUAGUGGGACAAGGGACAGGGGAACGGAGAGCCAGUAGGGACUGGAAGGCAAUGAGGCCCGGAGACCAGUGGGAACAGAAGGACUAUGGGGAAGGAGACGGGGAUAGUGGGGACAAGGACAGUUGGGACAGGAGAAUGGAGGGACAGUAG